AUGGCCAACGGCGAGUGCAAGGACAAGGGUGUCUGCGCCCGCAUCGACACGUGCACGUGGAACCACCCGCAAGCCGAGAAAUGUCCCGCGGACGAUGCUUGCGUGCAGCAAACGUGCCCCAAGAACCAUACCAAAAUCCGCUGUGUCAGCGUCGUCCUGGGCAAGCCAUGCAAGAAGGGAGCCGCGUGUACUUUCUACCACACGAAGCCCGCCGUCUACCCAGUCAAUGGCCCCAUCCACGAGGCCGCUGCAUCGGCCCCACGGACGGCAACGCCGACGGGCGAGCCGACGCAGUGCACAACGCCGGCAGAGCAACGCCAAGAAUCUGCACCCCGACCCACGCAGCAGGCGCCUCGCCAGGAACAGCAGCCUGCGGCACCGAAGCAGAGGCAGCAGCAACGAGCGAUGGUACCACCGCCGCCGAUGACGGUCCAUCUUCCAGCUCGGUCGCUUGGGGACCGCGCACCCGUGAGGUCGUCCUCUGAAGAAGACAAGUUUCGUCAACGCGAAGCCAAGGCAGUGGCUGACCAUCAACGUCUCUUGCACCGCGUACGUGCGACGCCAGACGCGACUCGAGACGCCGCCGUUGCAGAGCUCGAGAGCCAAUUGCACGUCUUCAAAGACAUCCAAGCACAGUUCUCGAUGGCCACGAAAGACGACAAGUACCGGCGCAAGCGCGAGCUGUAUCGCUUCCAGCAGCGCUUGCCGGCGUACGCCAAGCGCGACGCGAUCGAGCGCGCCGUGACGCAGAGCCGUUUCGUGGUC